UGCGCCGGGGCGGGGGGUGGGCCUCGGCGGAAAAGAAGAAGCCGAGGAAGGGCCUCUCUUCCUGCCGCGUGCCCCCUCCUUCCUCCCCAACCCGCCCUCGAGCCCAGGCCGACGCUGCUGGUGGGGAGGAAGGCGGCGGUGGCGCGUUCCCUGCUGGGCGGCCACCAUGUCUGGGGCAGGGGGCGGCCCCUGCGGGGGGGGCUCGGGCUCCGGGGCCUGCGGGGGCGCUGGGGGGGCGGCGUUCUCGGCUUCGUCGCCCGGUGGUGCCGGCGGGGGCCUGUCGAUGUUCCGGUGGCUGGAGGUGCUGGAGAAGGAAUUCGACAAGGCCUUCGUGGACGUGGACCUGCUGCUGGGCGAAAUAGACCCGGACCAGGCGGACAUUACGUACGAGGGGAGACAGAAGAUGACCAGUCUGAGCUCCUGCUUCGCCCAGCUUUGCCACAAAGCUCAGACCGUGUCCCAGAUCAACCACAAGCUAGAGGCCCAGCUGGUAGAUCUGAAAUCAGAGCUAACAGAAACACGUGCUGAAAAAGCAGUAUUAGAAAAAGAGGUGCAUGACCAGCUGCUACAACUCCAUGCCAUUCAGCUUCAGCUCCAUGCCAAAACUGGGCAGAGUGUUGACUCAGGAGCAAUAAAGGCAAAACUGUCUGCCCCUUCUGUGGAGGAUAUGGAAAGAGAACUUGAAGCUAACAAGAAAGAAAAAGUGAAAGAAGCUCAACUUGAAGCUGAGGUGAAGCUGCUUAGGAAGGAAAAUGAGGCUCUUCGUCGACACAUAGCUGUGCUCCAGGCGGAAGUAUAUGGGGCAAGACUAGCAGCCAAAUACUUAGAUAAAGAGCUAGCUGGAAGGGUUCAGCAAAUUCAAUUGCUCGGUAGAGAUAUGAAGGGGCCUGCUCAUGAUAAACUCUGGAACCAGCUGGAAGCAGAAAUCCAUCUGCAUCGGCACAAAACUGUAAUCAGAGCAUGCAGGGGACGUAAUGACCUAAAGCGACCAAUGCAAGCACCCCCAGGACAUGACCCAGAUUCCUUAAAGAAGAGUCAAGGAGUUGGUCCAAUCAGAAAAGUUCUCUUGGUAAAAGAAGAUCAUGAAGGACUGGGCAUUUCAAUUACCGGUGGAAAAGAGCAUGGUGUUCCCAUCCUAAUCUCUGAAAUUCACCCGGGUCAACCUGCUGAUCGAUGUGGAGGGCUGCAUGUUGGCGAUGCCAUUCUGGCAGUAAAUGGAAUUAAUUUGAGAGAUGCCAAACAUAAAGAAGCUGUAACUAUUCUUUCCCAACAGAGAGGAGAAAUUGAGUUUGAAGUUGUGUAUGUUGCUCCAGAAGUAGACUCAGAUGAUGAAAAUGUAGAAUACGAGGAUGAGAGUGGACACCGUUAUCGUUUGUAUCUUGAUGAAUUGGAGGAAGGUGGAAAUUCAGUUUCCAGUAGAAAAGAUGGCAGUGGAGAUGUCAGAUCCUUGCAAGUGUUUGAUAAGAAAACUACUGGUGCCCAUGAAAAUGGAGACCUAGGAAAUUCAGUUGAAACUGAAGAGACUGUAUCUAAAUUAACCCAGUCUGCUGAGAGCUUAGCUUAAGAAAAUAAACACACGUGCAACACAAUCAUCAAUGGGACUGGUCCCUUCCUUCAGAUGGAUUGGGUAGACUAUUGUACGUCUGAACGCCACAGAAAGUUUCAAAGGAGGACUAUUUUAAAAAUUAAAAAGAAGCUGUGUUACUGUUGCCUGGAAAAAAAACUGUUCUGUAGAUUACCUCAGGGCUCCAUUAUACAUAAAUGUAACAUGUAAAUCUCCCAUUUUUUCUAAGAAGUUGCAUGUCCAGUGAAUUUCCCUUGAAAUAGAAGCACCAAAGCAUGUUCUUUCCAAAAGCUUUUCCUAAAGUCAACUUUGGAUCUUGCUUGUGAAAAAAGUCUGGAAUGACGCAGAGAAACGUUGACAUCUGGUUCCUCUGACAAUUUACAAAAUCAAGUGAGGAGAUAAGUAGCAAAAUAGUCUUCAGCUGUCAGAUAUAAGGAGGAUAUGAACUCAGCAUGGACUUAACCUACUUAAUUGUUUUAAAGUGCAUCUUGUAAAACAGUGAACUGCAAAACGUCUCUGCAAGUUUUCACAAUAUACAGUUUUGCUUUAAAAAUGUACACAUGCAAGCCAUGUAGGCUGUUAAAUAUUUAUUGUGAGGUUUUAUCUACAAACUGGAUCUUACUGAUUCUUUUAUUCAUGCUAUCAGCAUUAUUUAAUCAGUAUAUAUCUGUGUUUUCCUUUAAACUGUUUUUUGCCAAUCAAUGCUGGAUUAGAAAUAUUCUCCACAGGUAUUAAACAGAAUUGUUUUCAUAUGCAAGAUUAGUAUACAACUGACUUUUAAAAUUAUGUCUGCCUUCACAUAUUUUAAGUAAACUUAUGCAUUUGUACUAUUGUAUCUGAGUUUAAUUAGGGGGUAUUCCAUAACUCUUCUUUCUACUUCGUAUGGGUUUCACAGUUGCUGCACAGUGGUUAUUAUCUUGUGACAUUGGGCUGUGUGAAGGUGCCCAGUUCCCAGCAGACUUUUAAUUCUACUGUGCUUUUGAUUCUAUGCAAAAAUCUGCCUUCAAAACAUCGUAAUUCAAGAAUUUAUUGGACAUUGUUUCCCUUCAAACAGCCUAGUUUCCUAAAUAUCUCAACCACAUUAUGGUGACUGUAAAGUACACUACUGUGUAAGUAGUGUUUGUGUUGGAUGGAGUGGCCUUCUCAUUACAUUCCAAGUCAUACAUUUUUCAAAAUGUUCUGUAAAGGCCUGAUUUUAUAAGAGGUGUUAAAUAUGACAGUUUAGGCUGUGGUUUUCCAUUAUUAUUUUUCAGUAACAGCAGCAGAUUCACAUGGCAGGGCAUAGGGGAUUGGAGACCUAAGUGUGAAAUGUGCAGUGAAGCAGUCCUGUGAUGGUUACAACUCGUAUCUGGGUAUGGCUUGCUAUGCCUCUUGAAGGUUUCUGGCAGUAUGGCAAAGCAAACAAAACGACCACUCCUCACCACUCUAACACUCCUUGCUGAUAUGUCUAAACAUGCGAAUGCCAAUAGUCUGAAAGCUCCAGAUACUUAGCAGCAGUUGUUUACUGUGUAGCAAAAUGCUGUAGGCAGCCAGUAUUCUCUGUGGUUAAAGUUAUACGGAGGUGUUUUAAAGCUACGGCCAUGUGUUGGGCUUCAUUGUUGUAAAUUCGCUGUUUACCAUGUUCAUGCUGUGCUACAUUAAGGGGGUUAUGUAAAAUUGUCCCUAAGUCAGUGGGAACUGAGUACAUCCUAUGUUUUGCUGGGUGGCCACUCAGGAUUGGAAACCAAAUUUGUUACAGUAUAAUAGUCCUAGUGCUUUAUAGAAAUACUUUAUUUAAAACAAGGUUACUUUAGAAUAUAGCAUAAUGGCAUACAUCUGAAGGCACAAGGUAUUUUAAGAAUACAGUGAUAUUAAGGACAGUUGUCUGGCUAGGUUCUGUUAUAUGUGUGUGUAUAUAUAUAUAAAAUAAUAAUUAUUAGAACUCACACUCCAUAUACCAAUUGUUAAAAACCAUGUAAUAUCUUUUAUUAUUAUAGGAAAAAAGCAUGAAAUGCCUGCUUUUCCAUUCACUGUGCUGCAGGCUAUUAAAUUGUACCGUGUAAAAUGUAUUUUGAGAGUGGAAAUAAUGUAAAAUUACAGCUUUGCAAGUGUUUUUUCUAUAGAAUGUACAUAAAUGGAGAAAGUCAAAGGCCUUUCAAGUAUUGUAAGUUAACCUUAUGUUUAAUGUUAAAAAGUUGUGUUGUGAAACACAUUUACAUGUGUCUCUCUUAGGUGCACUAUAUAUAUGUUUAUAGAGGGAACUUUAAAAUGUAAAUACUUUAUGCAAAGAUUUUGCUAUUUAUACAUUCUUUCAUAGUUGCUCAUUUAGUAAUUUUUGUGUCAUUCUGUUGAUUGAUCUACAGUGUUUAAUUUGCAGUAUGUUUUUAUAGAUGCUUUUAAUACUGUAUAUUAAGAACAUUAAAGUAAUCAUAAAUCACA